AUGUCAGUUUCGGUACAAGUAACAGUAUAUGUACCUCCUAUAAGAAUUGGAGGAGUAUUGGGGCAAUUAGUGCAUGGUUUAUGUGGUUUAGGUGCUUUGUAUGGUUUAUGUGGUUUAGGUGCUUUGUAUGGUUUAUGUGGUUUAGGUUGUUUGUAUGGUUUAUGUGGUUUAUGGAAACCAUCAACAACAAUGGAUAAUGUCAAGAGGCAAGAAAAAAGAAUGAUUAAAGCUAAAUUUAGA